CAACAUGGAAGAGGCAGAGAUUUCGGCACUUGGAAAUCCUAAUCAGCAGUUGCUUGUCAUUCAUUCAUAUAGAGAGCUCGGGAUGUUUGCUCCGAUGGGUCCAAACCAUCAAUUUCCUCAUCUUCCUACCCUCUCCCUUCAUCCAAAUUCCUCUUCCCCCGAAUUGGCUGCUGCCUACACCAAAUAGUUCGUCAACAUGCAGAUGCGCUUGCUGCUCGCGCUUGGGGCCCUGUCCUCGGCCGUCAUUGCCCAGCCGGAACCCGCCGCUGACCUGUCCUUGACAUGGCUGGCACCCAAAACCACUGUCGCUGAACCGACCCCCGUUGUCCAGGCCGAUAGUUACCAAAAGCCCAAGCGGUAUUACCGGUCAUUGGCUUUCGAGAAGAGAGCUACAACCACAGACACUACAAUCACCUCGACAGACACUACCAGCUCGACCGAAGCCUCGACGAGCACAACCUCGACAAGCACCUCGGAAGCCACCACCACCACCUCCUCCGACUCAACCACUUCUGCGACGACUACUUCAACCGCGUCAUCAACCACUUCGACCUCAAGCACGAGCACGACUGGUUCCACCAGCUCGACUACUUCCUCCACCUCCAAAUCCACCACCAGCGCAGCAACCACCACCACUAAGAGUACCACGACCACCUCCACCACCACGAGCACCACGACCUCCGCUACCAGCACCAUCACUGCUGCGCAACGCGAGUACAACCACCGCGGAGAAAUUGCCGCCAUCAUCACCUUCAGUAUCCUCAUCUUCAUCUUCAUCGCACUCACCUUCUUCCUCUGCUUCCGGGAGAAAUCCAAGCAAAACCGAAUCCUCGCGAGGAAGGCUGCCGCGGAUGCCGGAUCCGACUACUCCAUGCUUCCUCUAGCCGAGAACACUCGACCUCAAAGCGAAGCCAAGUUCGAUCGCGCCUCCAUGAUGUUUGCCACGCAGUCUCAGGCCGAUCUGGGCUCGACGCGACCUUCGUCCAUGGCAGCGAGUGAGACUUUGACUGUGACCCGGCAUUUGACAUCAGGGACACACCCUGGCGAACAACAGGCAAAUAUUGUAUGAUCUGUACAAGUGGAGUUUCCGGGAUGAUGUUCGAUGAUUACAGCAUGACUACCGAACUGGUACCAUUCCGAUCGCGCUUUCAUUUUCUCUUCUUCUGUAUAUCUUUGUGAUCUUUGUUUAGCGAUUUGAGCCUUCCUGCAGUGACCGUGUUGCAAGCCUUUUGUGAGAUAUCAGAGCAUAGCGUUAUGGAGUAUACAUAACUACUUUUC